UCCUAAGUUUCUUUGAAAGUCAGCAGGCUUCACCUGAGCUGAUUCCCUGCUUCAUUCUGAAGCAGUGGAAGAAUUGGGCUUGUUAUGAAGCAAGUGUGUUCCGAGACCAAAGAGUGAAGAGAUUGUGACCCGUGGAGCAAGUUGUGCAGAUGUGAGUGAUGAAUGGAAAAGGCUAAAGACGGGUAGGUGACUCAAAUAAUCUGAGUCUGCAGCACAUGCUCUGUGUCGAAAGGGACCUUCUCUAAUUGCUUAAUCCUCAGGCACUAUGUUCCGCAAGAAGAAGAAGAAACGCCCUGAGAUUUCUGCUCCACAGAACUUUGAGCACCGUGUGCACACCUCAUUUGAUCCAAAGGAGGGGAAAUUUAUUGGCCUGCCCCCUCAAUGGCAGAAUAUCCUGGACACCCUGAAACGGCCCAAACCAGUUGUAGACCCGUCAAGGAUCACCCGGGUGCAGCUUCAGCCUAUGAAGACUGUUGUGAGAGCCAGCACAUUUGAAGUAGAAGGAUACAUCUCUGGGAUACUGAAUGACAUCCAGAAACUUUCCCUCAUCAGUUCUAACACCCUCAGAGGGAAGAGCCCCACAAGCAGGAGAAGAGCCCAGUCACUUGGACUUCUGGGAGAAGAUGGACCCACUGAAGCUGACUGGGCAGACAAAUAUGGAAACUACCUCAACUGCAAUGGCGGAAGCAAAUCAGCUCGGAGGCAGACUUUGUGGCCAGAUUAUAAACCCACCUUGGAAGAGCAAGUUUACUCUAAUGGCCUAGUAAUGAAAGCGCAGUCCCUGGGGCCUUCGGAAUUCCAUGGUGCAAAUAGCCGCUUUAUCCCAUUUGCUUCAGGUUUUCAGCACCAGCAAUACAUUCCAGUUCUUGAUGAAAACAGAGAAAAUGUGAGAAUGAGAAGGAGCUCUGAAGAGCGCUACUCUCAGCCUUGCCAGGGGGGGCAAUCUAAUUCAAGGCCACCUGGGGAAGGUAGUCCUGGCUCCAAAUCAAGGGAAAACAGCUUGAAACGAAGGCUGUUACGAAGUGUCUUCCCCUCAUCCAGCACCACAAACAAAACAGGGAACAACCAACAGACAAAGCCUAAUCCCUUCUUCAGGCCACCACAACACUGGGGUUCACCACAAAGCCCAGCAGCCAAAGCGCAGUCCCUUCCCUCCGAUCAGCCAGUGCCUGAUUAUGCGAGGAUUUCAGAAGCUGGAACCCCUCAGAAGUCUCCAACAACUGAGAAGACAACAGCUUUGCUGCCAGGCAGGCCUUCGCCCGCAGGUUCCCCCCGGAACAGACACACACAAACCAGCUCUAGCAACCUUCACCUUCCUUUGGACUCUAAAGCACAGCCAGGCAAUGAGGAUCCAGCCGUUGUGACUCAUGAGCAGUUCAAAGCUGCCCUGAGGAUGGUGGUGGACCAGGGUGAUCCCAGGACAAUGCUGGAAAACUAUGUGAAGAUUGGGGAGGGGUCAACAGGUGUUGUCUGCAUUGCUCGUGAGAAGCAUUCUGGGCGGCAAGUGGCAGUGAAGAUGAUGGACCUGCGCAAGCAGCAGCGACGAGAGCUCCUUUUUAAUGAGGUGGUGAUAAUGCGAGAUUAUCAGCAUGCUAAUGUGGUGGAGAUGUAUAAAAGCUAUCUAGUGGGUGAUGAACUCUGGGUACUGAUGGAAUUUCUCCAGGGAGGAGCCCUCACAGAUAUUCUGUCUCAGAUCAGAUUGAAUGAAGAGCAAAUCGCUACCGUGUGCGAGUCAGUGCUGCAGGCGCUUGCCUACCUGCAUUCCCAAGGUGUGAUUCACAGAGACAUCAAGAGCGACUCUAUUCUCCUGACCCUUGAUGGAAGGGUGAAACUCUCUGAUUUUGGCUUCUGUGCUCAAAUCAGUAAGGAUGUGCCAAAAAGGAAGUCCUUAGUAGGAACGCCUUAUUGGAUGGCUCCUGAGGUUAUUUCAAGGUCUCCAUAUACCACAGAGGUAGAUAUCUGGUCUCUGGGAAUCAUGGUGAUAGAGAUGGUGGAUGGAGAACCCCCCUAUUUCAGUGACUCUCCAGUCCAAGCAAUGAAGAGGCUUCGAGACAGCCCUCCUCCCAAAGUAAAGAAUUCUCAUAAGACCUCCCCAGUUUUGAGGGACUUCUUGGAACGGAUGUUAACCCGAGAACCUUUUGAACGAGCAACAGCACAAGAACUUCUGGAUCACCCUUUCUUGCUCCAGACUGGGCUUCCUGAGUGCCUGGUGCCUCUCAUUCAGCAGUAUAGGAAGCGCACCUCCACCUGCUGACCCUGAGAUUAAAUAAUAUUGAGUAUUUUAGGAUUUAAAUGCAACUUUCUUCUGGAAAUACUAAAUGGAUUAGGACAGGAUCGGGGCAAUUUAACCUUGUGAACUCUACAUGCCCAGUAUUCUUUUCAAGAUGUGAAUGUGGGAGGGAAUCUUCACCAUCACGGGCUGCUUUGUAAUGUUUACUUUUUUGCUGAAGACAAUCAAAAACUGGAUUCCCACAAAUCCUAAUGGUAAACAUAGAUAUUGUGACGUUUCAGGAGUGUUCACAUUUCACUAGGACAUUUAGCUUUUGUAAAAUAAUCCAUACAACUGGAAUUGUACGCAUCUACAAACACUGGGGGAUCAUAACUUCUAACUACUGAACUGGAACAAGAUUCUGCAUAUAAAAAUAGGAUUUUUUGUUGUUUUAUACUGACUACAAGGCCAGUGUACUUGAUAUACCUAAAUGACACCCGUUUGGGGUAUUUAGCCCCAUUCGAUAUGGAUCUUCUAUCACCUUUCCUUGCAAAAGAUUUUUUUCCAGUGCUUUUAAAGUUCAUUCUACAAUAAUGAAUAAUGUUGGACUUACAGCUUUUCAAAAGGUAACAGUGAUGUGUCAUCAUUACACAUCUGGAAAGCAGCAUUCUACAGCAGAUACUUCUCCAGAGACACUGGAAAUUUAUGCUUGAAACUUCAGAGCAAGUAAACACGUGCCUUCCUUACAAGUAAUGGACCUGGAAGGCAAUGCAAGGAUUGUCCAAAUAAGAACAUUGGUUUGUUAAUAUCAGGGCUCUUUUAAGUACACUGGAUAUGUCAAGGGACACAUCUCUAAGGCAGCUAUUAGAUGGUGUUUAUACCAGCUUUUGAGUUCCGUAGCAAGGUUUAUUCAAUUGAAAGAUGUUUGUUUUGAUCGUGAGAAUGUUUAGUCUCUACCUCCCAUGUUUCCAAGAGCAGGGGAAUGCAUGGAACAGAGUUUAAUAUAUGCUCAUGGGUCUAUACACUCCUGGAUGUAGAUGGACCACUUUUAAUAUUCUUUUCUAAAAUCAAUGCAGAAAUUUUGUAUGGUGAAUCUUUUCAGCAUUAAGUCAAGGUCUCUUGACACUUAGUUUAGAUUGUACUAUGUGCGUUACUGUGUGGAGAAUAAUUAUGAUAUAUCUGCAAUCCAGUGUUGUGAAAUCAAUGUUUUGCAUUUGGACUGCGAGAGUCAUGGAAAGAUAGAGGGUUUGGGGUCAAGCGUCAUGUCUGUUGCCUCAAAAUGUGCCCUCAUAUAUAGCAAAUUUCACAUCCACUCAGUUGCAGGAAUGACAAGUGAAAAAAGUCUUGACAAUUGGGAGAAGUAUUUCCAUGUUUCAAGAUUCUGUACAAAAAAGCUGAUUAACCCCCCUAAUAAUCUCAAAUGUUUCCUUUAUUUGUGAGU